AGAGAACAAAUACCGCUUCGUCUGACGGUCCCCACCGCCUGGUAUGUCUGCUUUUCACGGACUUCAAUACUGGAUGGCGAUUACUAAGUGACAUCUCUUUAUCCUGUGGUUUAACGUUUCCCUUGGAUGGCGAGUGUGGUUGCACACGACGACCACAAAAGCCUUCCCGGUUGCGGAACCUUAAACGAGGCUUCGCUGGUCCCCUCAGAAUCUUCUUCCCCUUCGCCAACGGAUGCUUCAGCAACUCCUAGGCUACCUGUAGACCCCGGCAACGGUAAGAAUGCUUUUCCUCCUUUGCAAUCGUUUUCGACCGAUCCAAAUACAUCUACCGUACAGGAAAAUAAGAUAGGCUUGCAGAAUGCGGCCGUGAACAACGAUAGUCCCCUAACGAACGCACCAGUGCCGCCACAAUUGAGAACUACAACAGACACGGCGGCUCUGCAACCGUUCUCGCCUCAGUUGACCGCCGUUCCUCCUUACCGGUCUUUGGCGCAGGCGGCGUGGUCGCAUACACCGCCAAUGUACGACUCCUCGUUCUUUCGAGCACCUUCAUCCACGUACGUGCAGCACGACAUCCCUUUACCGCCUGCGCUCGCCGCGCCUUUCUAUCCCUCCUAUUCGAAUAACUCCGUCUAUCACAACUCUUUUUUUUCAGCGCCAGACGGUGUUCUGCACGAGAGUGCUCUGAAUGGGACCUUUCCCAUGCUGCCGCCCCCACCACCACCACCUGCGUUUUCCGUGGUGCCUUCUCCUGUUUUACACUUGCCGGACUACAUGUAUGCGCCUAUGCAGCAUGAUAGUUACUACUCUUCUUCCUACGGCGAAGCGGACGGCGAUGCGUACGAUGAAGGAAGAGGCAACGGUAUUCUGGGCCAGAGUGCGGUGUCACUGGCACCCGUGCUCGACCUCCCUGUCCUCCAAUCUUCCCCUGCUGUGUCGCUGUCACGUAAACAAGAAGCGUCGUGGAGGCGUCGGUGUGUCUGUGUGACGUGUACAGAGCUGCCGCGUAGCCCGAGUGCGAGCGGCAGCGAUUUAGAAAGUGAUACCCUACCGCCUACGACCGCGGCAGCAGAAGGAAUAGAAAGCAUCCAGCACGACAGGAAAACUGCACAGCAUUGCACGGAUGUUCAUGAAACGCCUAUGUGGGAUGCGCUGGUGUGGCGCUGGUUGAAGCAGCUCGGCAUGGCGAGUGAGAUGGAGGAGAUCCUCUGCCCUGGCGCGCAACGCGUGCUUGUGAUGUGGUCAAGUGAUCAGGCCGCAGCGCAGUGGAGAGCGAAAAUCGGCGCAACGGCGUUGAAUGCGCCGCGGUGCGUAGUUUUUGAAAACACACUGCUGUCCUGGAGUUGA